UUGCAACCCUUUCCCUGAAAUGAGUUUUGAGUUUGCCGAAUACUUGAGCACUUUUGGGGCGAAUAUACGCUUCGGCAAUAGACGUCAAUGUAUGGAAGCAAAAUUGCUUUUGUGGAAAAACCAUGGGAAGAACACAGCAAGAAGCAUGGAAACAUGCUUAAAUCCUCCAAAGAGAGUCUUGAACUUCAGUUAUGACGUCAGUUUGGAAAAAAACAUUUAAUGAGGAAGCAGGUGUGAACCGAGUCUCGGUGUCCCGAAUAGCUGGGAACUCAUCUCAUCUUUCGGGAUGCACUUCAUUUAUUCCAAUCAUGGCAACGUUUAGAUCGGUUUUGGAUGUGUGAUUGGGUUUAGCAAGAUUUACAAAGCCGUGAACCAGACUUGUCUUGUGAAAUUUAAUUACAACUGGUUCUGGACCCACACAUCAGAGCAAUCAGAGUCAGUAAGUUUCAUAUUACGGUCGUUCAAGUGCAUCCCAUUAUCAGAUUUUCUGCCAUGUCAGGCGAGUAACCAGUGGAGAGCCCACAUAAAGGAUGACAACACAUACUUUGUUAUAAUCACCAUUAUGAAUC